AAAAAAAAGCGCAUGCGCAAACCUGAAAACUGUGUUUAGCGUUCAACUUUGUACAAGUUCUUAUGUAUAUUAAAAAUGGCUGGUAAAAGGGCUGCAUCAACAGAUUUAAAUCAUGAUAACUGGGAUGAUGAAGAACGACCUGAAGAAGCAGGAACAUUUAAAAGAGCUACAGAGGAUCAGAUGAAGAAACGUGUUCUUAAAAAAGCUAAAAGACGUUUACAAAAUUCUGAAGACACUGGCAGAAAUGCAUUUGGUACAUUUACAGGUUUCAAAACAACUUCAACGCAUAAUUCACCUUUUAGCUUCUUAGCUAAUAGCAAUACUAAUGUUAAUACAAAUGAUACAUCUGCUAAAACAAUUACAAAUAUCAAUAAGUCUCCUAUAAAUAUUGAAACUUCUAAAACUAAUGAAAAUGGCACAAACAAAAAAGAAAGUUCAGAAGUACAAACAUCAUUGGCUACAUCUAGUAAUAAAAACAGUACUUCCGAUCAAGAAGACCAAAAUAUAUUUAAGAAAUCUCCUGAAUAUUUUGCUAAGUUAAAAGGAUUAAAUGAAAGUGUGGCACAGUGGAUUAAAACUCAUGUUGAUACAAAUCCAUUUUGUAUUUUAACACCAAUUUUUAAAGAUUAUGAAAGAUAUCUUAAGGAAAUUGAAGCUAAACAUGGAAGUAAAAUUGAGAAACCAACACAAUCACAAUCUGUACAUAUUGGUGAUAACAAGGAAACUUCAAAUACAGAAAAAAAAUUUGAAAGUUCUCCAUUUGGGGGAACAAACUCAAAAUCUCCUUUUAGUUCAACAGAAUGGAAACCUGAAAAAUCAACUUUUGGCAAUAUUACUGCAAGUUCUAAAUCCAUAUUUACUAAACCAGAACACACUCUAGAAACGGGUAAAUCCAUUUUUAGUAGUACAGAUCAAACCUCAGAUUCACAUAAAUCUAUUUUUGGUAAUAUUGAACAGAAAGCUGGUAGUAAAAGUAUAUUUGGCAGUUCAAGUUCUGAAAAGAAUCCAUUCUUAAAUAAACCAUGUACUGUAUCAGAUAAAUUAGACGAGCAAGAAACAAAAUCAGAUACAAAAUCUACUACUACUACUACUACUACUACUACUACAGCUGCUACAACUACCGCUAGUACUACCACUAGUACCACUAGUUCCUUUGCAACAACAAGCACAACCACUUUCUGUUUUGGUCAAAGUUCCACUACUAGUAACACAUCAACUGGUUUUAGUUUUGGAAGUACCAAACCAUUUACAUUUGGAGUUGAAAUGGUAAAGCCACAGGAACCUGAAGAUAACGAAGGAAAAGAUGAUGAAGAUGAAGAGCCACCAAAAGCAAACUUCAAACCAGUAACAGAAGAAGGUGCCAUAUUCGAACAAAGAUGCAAAGUGUUUAUUAAAAAGGAUGGUAAUUUUACUGAUCGAGGUAUUGGAACAUUAUUUCUAAAACCAACUCCAAAUGAAAAAAUACAAUUACUAGUACGUGCAGAAACUUCUUUGGGAAAUUUAUUAAUUAAUACUUUAUUAACUGAAAGUAUUCCAACAAAACGUAUGAACAAAAACACGAUAAUGUUGGUUUGUUUACCAUUACCUGAAUCACCAUCUCCAGUACCAGUUUUAUUGAGAGUCAAAACAGACGAAGAUGCGGAUACAUUGUUGGAAGCACUCAAUAAACAUAAAAAAUAA